AUGCACAAAUCUCUUCCUUUCAUGAAAUUCGAAGAGAACGAAGUUCUUCCACAAAAUUCUGAUUUGCUCGAAAACAAACCUAAAUUUGAAUUGGCAAGCACCGAGGAAACUCCAGCUCCUGUCAAUUCAGAAACCUUUAUUCCAGAAAAAUUGAAGUCCAGUGAAACUAAGCCUCGAGAUGUUAAACCUGUAUCAACUAUUCCAAGCACGUCUCCGGCUGUUCCAUUAUUUACGUUAUGGGAUUACUUUAGAGAUGAAUUGUUUUCUUGUGAUUUCGAUUCUCUGCAAGAGCUAAAGCGAGAAAGGGUAACAAAUUUUUUGAGUAUUCCCUGGGCUAUCGAAAAACUUAUGGUAUUUGGUUUUUUCAUCUGCAUGGAUUCAUUUCUAUAUACUUUUACCAUACUUCCUUUACGCAUAAUUAUUGCGUUUUAUUAUUUGGUUACUCGUUUCUUUUACAAUUUUAAAAAAAAAAGGACCACGUAUCUUAAUACAUCUCAAUUGUGCGAUUUGCUCAAAGGUCUUUUGAUAAUACUCGUUUAUGCAUCAUUGCAAGGUGUCGAUGCAGCACAGAUGUAUCACUCAAUACGUGGGCAAUCGGUAAUCAAGUUGUAUGUCAUAUUCAACGUUCUUGAGAUUCUCGACCGAUUAUGUUGUUCGUUUGGUGGAGAUAUCCUUGAUUCUCUCUUCUCCAACUCUACUCUUGGCUCUAAGAAUUCCUGUUCUAGUGCUAGUAGGCAUUUAAGACCAAUAACCUUCUUCGUCAUGGCGUUCGUAUCGCAUACAAUAAUAUUGUUUUACCAGGCGAUAACCCUCAACGUUGCGAUUAAUUCGUAUUCUAACGCACUAUUAACGUUGCUAUUGUCAAACCAGUUUAUUGAGAUUAAGGGUUCGGUGUUUAAAAAAUUUGAAAAGGAAAAUUUGUUCCAACUAAGCUGCGCCGAUAUCGUGGAACGUUUUAAUCUCGCACUUUUCCUGACUGUGAUCACUGUUCGUAAUCUUAUAGAACUUUCGGGCUCUCCAACAUCGCCAUCUUCGAUCUUACCCACAUCAUUUAUUCCCCUUUUCCCAGCAAUGACAACUGUCGAAACAUUGUUGACACCAGUAAUUAUCGUUUUAGUUUCGGAGUUAUUGGUAGAUUGGUUGAAACACGCAUUCAUCACCAAAUUUAAUCAAAUUCGACCAAGCAUAUACGAUCGGUACAUUGAUGUUCUUUCCAGAGAUCUUGUGGUUGGAAAUCCCACGAGGAUCCGUGAUGGAAUGAAUUCUUCCUAUAAACCAAAGACUUUUGUUGAUCAAUCACCCAUAGUAUCACGUCGAAUUGGUUUUGCGUCGUUACCUCUUGCAUGUUUGACGAUGAGCGUGGUUUCCCAAACUAUAACAAUGAUAUCUGAUUCGUUACACGAGCUCGAAGAAAAUGAACACAAAAAUGUAGCCUUUACUAAUGUGGUUACCCAAUCCGGAGGCGUAUGGUUUCUUUAUUGCGUCUUAACGUUUAUAAUGCUUAUUGUUCUCAAAUUCUUUGUUGGGAUAAAUCUUCUUGGAUUUGCACAUCGACGAUAUGCGAAUAUGGAGUUACGUGAUGCAGAAGAUCGUGCCCAAGCACUCCAACUUCAAGAGCAUGAGAAUGUAGAGAAAGAACAGAAGCAAAUUAGAAAUCAACUUAUUAACAAUCCCAAAGAUGACGUGCUAUGGCAAGAAAAACCGCAGAUCACUUUGGAUAAUAUUGAUCGCUACACAUUGUUUAAGAGUCGGAUUCCAUAA